UCAAAGUUCGCAAUCAUGGAUCCCGAAGCCUUUCUCGACAUGGCUAAUCAAGUCAUAAAAUUAAAAAUGUUUCCCUACUUUGACAUUGCACACUGUGUUCUGUGCGCGUUGCAUGUCAGAGAAGACCUAGGACCCGGAGCACAAGCUUUUUCUCGAAAACACCCACUAUCAUGCUGGCUGUCUACCAUGUUGGUUGUUUUUGCCGGAGGCAUGCUCUGCAAUGGUUUACUUGGAGAGCCAAUUCUUGCCCCGCUCAAAAACACCCCACAAUUAGUUGUUGCUACUGUCGUUUGGUAUGUAAUAUUUUAUACUCCAUUUGAUAUUGGAUACAAAGUAGCGAAAUUCCUGCCAGUAAAAAUCGUCUGUUCAGCAAUGAAAGAAAUCUAUAGGUGUAAAAAGGUGUAUGAUGGUGUGACACAUGCAGGAAAACUUUAUCCUAAUGCAUAUCUUAUAAUGAUUCUCAUUGGAACACUAAAAGGUAAUGGAGCUGGAUUUACUAAACUGUUUGAACGUCUCAUUCGUGGAGUUUGGACACCAACGGCAAUGGAAUUUAUGCAACCCAGUUUCCCAACAAAAGCAUCUAUGGUAGCCUCCAUUAUCUUUGUACUUGAUAAAAAAACUGACAUCAUUUCUGCACCUCAUGCUCUCGUUUACUUCGGCAUCGUUAUAUUCUUCGUUUACUUCAAGCUGUCUUCUAUUUUACUGGGUAUCCAUGAUCCUUUCAUACCCUUUGAAAAUCUAUUUUGCGCUCUCUUCAUGGGAGGAAUUUGGGAUUCACUGGCAAAAUUACUUGGACGAGGUCAAGCUAAAGAUGAAAAAGCAGAUUCCAAGAAAACUAACUAAACUCAAA